UGUCCAUCCCACAUUUCCAGAGACGAGACUAAGAGGACGGAAUAACUGCGAAAGAGAGAUGGAAAUGGAUGACAGCAAAGGUAUGGUUUGUGUAACUGGUGGAACAGGAUAUCUAGCAUCAUGGUUGAUCAUGAAGCUUCUUCAACAUGGAUACUCAGUAAAUGCUACUAUAAGGUCCACUCAAGAUCACAAAACAGAUGUUAGCUACCUCACUAACCUGCCUGAAGCAUCCCAAAGGCUACGGAUUUUUAAUGCUGACAUGGACAAACCGGAAAGCUUUAGUGUAGCUAUUGAAGGAUGUGUUGGAGUAUUUCACGUUGCUCAUCCAAUGAAUUACGGGGACCAAGAAAUUGAAGAGGAAAAGAUAAGAAAAACAGUUGAUGGAACAUUAGGCAUUUUACAGGAAUGCCUCAAUUCAAAAACAGUAAAACGAGUUGUUUACACUUCCAGCAGAACGGCGGUUGUGUUUAAUGAUAAAGGUUUAGACACAGUAGACGAGAGUUCGUGGUCUGACAUCCAUAUCAUGAAAACCUUAAAGCCUAUAUCUGCAGCUUCUUAUGUGAUUAGCAAGACUUUAACCGAAAAGGCUGCUCUUGUGUUUGCUGAGAAGCACGGAUUAGAUUUGGUAACCGUUAUACCUAGUUGGAUACAUGGUCCCUUCUUGAGUCCUCAGUUCCCAGAGCCAUUACGACCAGCCAUGGCAAUGAUUUACGGUAAUCAGGAAAACUGCAUGAAGUAUCCCUCGCUUACCCCAUUCGUGCAUGUAGAUGACGUUGCCAAUGCACACAUACUCCUUCUAGAGAAUAGUAAAGCAAAGGGAAGGUACAUUUGCUCUGCUGUUGAAGUUACACCAGAUGAGCUAUUUAACUUACUCUCAGCUAGGUAUCCUGAAUAUCGAAUACCUAACGUUGAUUCAUUGAGGGAGAUUGGAGGGAUUAAGCAUCCUAAACUUUCAUCAAAGAAACUUUUGGACACUGGAUUCAAAUACAAGUAUGGACUUGAAGAAAUGUUUGAUGGUGCAAUUGAAUGCUGCAAACAGAAGGGUUUACUCUAGUUUGUACUCUAUGGCAGAGAAACCCUUGUCUAAU